AUAAAUAAACAAUGAAUGGUCCACUCUCUUUGCGCGCCUCAUCCCAUCUCAUGCAUGGCUGCCAGUAAUGGUCUACUGGGUGUCAGCUUUUAUUGGCACGGCACAAAGCAAGUGCCAAGGGCUCGGAGGAUCGACUCCCCGCUGCAGACUCGGCCUGUGGAUAAAAGCGAGCAAAAUGCACCAGCAGAGCUCACAUACAUAGUCAUGUUGGGCUGGAACGAGGAAGUGCAGUGGAGAGGGGAGGGACUCCGGGCGCAGCUCCAUGGGGCCGCCGCAACGCUGCGACCUUCUGCACAUGGAGCUGGGGAGAGUUGGAAGAACUUCAUACUGCAAACUCAAGGAAUAGCAGAGUACUUGCAUCGCAUGGAGACGGAAGAGGCACAGGAAAUGGCCCAGAUGCCAGGCAGGGAUAGCCCCCCCACCAACGAAGCAUCCGAGGAGGCAGAGGAACCAAUGGCCGUCCCUGAGGACCUGUCAGCCGGCUCCACACACCAGCAGAACAACAGAGGGGACAAAGCCUGUAACAUUAAAGUUGAGGCUCGCAGUGAUGAGGAGAAUGGGCUGUCCUGUGACAUGAAUGGCGUGGAGGAGGAGGAGUGCGCGGAAGACUUGCGCGUGAUCGAUGCCUCUGGGGCCAAGGUGAACGGCUCUCAGCCGAGCCCCGAAGCCAAGGCCUUCUCCUCGGCCGGCGGUAUCCGGCUGCCCAACGGGAAGCUCAAGUGCGAUAUCUGUGGGAUAGUUUGCAUUGGGCCCAAUGUAUUGAUGGUGCACAAGCGGAGCCACACCGGAGAACGUCCGUUCCAGUGCAGCCAGUGUGGUGCAUCUUUCACCCAGAAGGGCAACCUGCUGCGUCACAUCAAGCUUCACUCAGGGGAGAAACCCUUUAAGUGUCACCUGUGCAGCUACGCCUGUCGCAGGAGGGACGCACUCAGCGGACAUCUACGCACCCACUCUGUUGGAAAACCCCAUAAAUGUGGUUACUGUGGGCGGAGCUAUAAGCAGCGAAGCUCUCUCGAAGAGCACAAGGAGAGGUGUCACAACUACCUGCAGUGCAUGGGGCUGCAGCACAGCAUCUACACAGUAGUAAAGGAAGAAAGCAACCAGAAUGAGCAGAGGGAAGACUUAAGCCAGACGGGAUCUGACAGAGCCUUGGUGCUAGACAGACUAGCGAAUAAUGUAGCUAAGCGUAAGAGCACUAUGCCACAGAAGUUUGUGGGGGACAAACGUCUGUCGGACCUCUCUUACGAUGGCAGUUCAGGAGAGCUGAUUCAGCCUCACGUCAUCGACCAGGCCAUCAACAGCGCCAUCAGCUACCUGGGGGCCGAGUCGCUGCGGCCCCUGGUGCAAACCUCCCCGGCUUCCUCAUCCGAUGUGGGCCUCGGAUCCCUGUACCCUCUCCACAAAACGGGGGUUGACGGUCACGCUGGGGCCGGUCACAACCUGUCAGCCAAAGACAGCGCGGCGGAGAACCUGCUACUCCUCUCCAAAUCCAAAUCAGCAUCCAGUGAGAAGGACGGCUCGCCCAGCCACAGCCAGGACUCCACGGACACCGAGAGCAACAACGAGGAUCGCCCGGGGGGGGCCACCUCGGGCCUCAUCUACCUCACCAAUCACAUCACCUCGGGGGGGAGGAACGGCCUGCUGGUGAAGGAGGAGCAGCAGAGGCAGUACGAGGCCAUCCGGGCCAGCAUGGAGAUGGCCUCUGAGGGCUUCAAGGUGAUGACGUCAGACGGGGAGCAGGUGAGGGCCCACCGCUGCGAACACUGCCGCGUCCUCUUCCUGGACCACGUCAUGUACACCAUCCACAUGGGCUGCCACGGCUUCAGAGAACCCUUCGAGUGCAACCUGUGCGGCCACCGCAGUCAAGACCGAUACGAGUUCUCUUCGCACAUAACGCGAGGGGAGCACCACUACUGAACACACAAAAAGAGAAACAGGUGUACAUAUUAAAACACACACACACUGAAAAAACUGAAACGUGACUUUUAUUUAAUGUAUUAUGUCAACAAAUUACACAUAAUCGUAUUUAGUUAGUUGAAAAAAAUGAUACCAAGGUUCAACUGAAUAUUAUGCUUAACUGACCUAAUGCAAUUAUCAGUCAUUUGUUGACAGUACAUUAAAUUAAAGUCACGUCUCAGUUUUUCAGUGCAUGCAGACCUGAAAUAUAAAAUGUAAAAUACACUGUUGAUGUUUGAAAGUUGUUUUUUUAUACAAAGUAUGCAUGUUUGUUGAACACAGAUAAAUGUAAGAAUAUACAAACAAAUGUUUUCCAGUUCCGUGUUCAAUAGGAAGUUCUUGUGUGUUUUUCUUCAAAUAAAAGGCAACACAGCGGAGCCACCUGCAUAGGUUUUUAAGUUAUGUAUUUUCAGUGGCCACAUGUACAAAAUGUAUAAAUGUGUCUUUUCUUUUGAAAAACAAGACAGCAACAUUUUUUUCCUAAUUUUAAAAUAAAAAAAAUGUCUUUCCUUUUUUUACAACUGUUUACUGAAGUGGUGUGUUUUAAAUUAAAACAGGUAUAAAAAUGAAUCAAUACAAAACAAUCAUUGUAGAUAUCUCCACAUUUAAUUUCAAAGUCUCAACCGUCCCUGUAUUGUAACAACCUACAUAUUAUUUAUAUAACACUUACCCGCCUGUCUGUUUUUGUAUUUAUUGCAGUGAUCAGUGUUUGUCUGUAGAGUAGUUAAGAAAAGCUGCAUCUCUUUCUCUCCAACUGUACUUAAUGUGACUGAGGUGAAAACAUGACCGCUGCUGGAAUUUAUUUGGACUUUUAUCCGAAGAAAAUGUUACCCUGUUUUGUUUUGUAUAUGAUGGCUAAGAAUUGUUUCACUCAGACUAUGUAAAUGAGUCAUUUGAGGUUUGAAGGAGCUUUAUGCUUGCAAAAUAUCAAUAAAGGAUAUUUUAUAUUAUGCACAAA